AUGCGGCUGCUGGAGGGGCUCGAGAAUAAGUUCCAAGGCAGUGCGAAACCACAAACUGCAACCACUACCCAGAUGCUUUCAUCCGAAACGCGUGAGAGGACCCGUCAGCUUAUUAAACAACAGCAGUCCGCUAGUCAAGGCAGGUUAACACAUAUACCAAAGAAGACCCGCGUCACUAUUUCGCCCGCUCGAAAGCCUCUUGAACAGGACGAAUCGCCCCAUGCGGUCUUCUUUCAUCCGUUUCCUAACGUGCCAAGUGAAUCUGAGGAUGUCUCGGAGCUAACAGAGAUUACUGCGUCAGAACCCAGUCUUCUGUCCCUUAGCAGAACUAUGUGCAGAGCCAUGUCACCUUCGCCCCCUUCGGAGACAGGUGUCGCAUUAGUGGACGAACAGUCUAAUCACGAAACAGAGCCCAUCUGUCUCAAAGCUACGGCGAGCACUUUCGUUGUGGCAAAAGCCUGCUCUCCGAGAACGAGCACGGCAGAUGAGAAGCCUGUCCCUCAGUUUCAGCCACCGUUAACAUGUUCCGUGAGCACGCCUCCAGGGGUCGAAGAUGUUGAUAAAUCGACGUCGGAGAUCAGUUACUACACUCCUCAGUCAAAUAGAACGCCAAGCCACUUUGGUGUGGCGAAAGUGGCCUCGCCCAACACGAGAUAUGCCGCACAGGAUAACAGUACCUUAGAAGCACUUGGCCCUUCUUUUCACACUACGAGUCCUCGCAUACCGCAAGUAGUCACGCAGAGUGCCACCACGUUGCAAGAUGGUCUACUUCCAUGUGAUUCGCCGAGUAAUCACAGACGGAACACCAUGUCUUCCCUGACCCUUGACCGCCAUAUUCAGCCAAUCUGUCUGACUGGCGAAGGAAGGAACUUGUCAGUCUCCCAUCCGAACUUGCGAAGCACGAAUGUGCAGCCUCAACCCGGCCUAUCAGAGCCCCUGGGCCGGUCUCUCGGGAAUUUUCUCACUGCUCCGCCGGCUAUUUCCUCUCAUUGUCCUUCGCCUAUGACCUCUCCACAGAUCGUCACCAAAGCUCGGCCCCAGGUGACCUUGGCAGCUCCCCAAUUGCAUGUUCCCAACAUCCAUUCUCCCGCUAUUAACACUACUGUGUCAGUCCCCGCCGCAGAAAUGACCAAGUCCUCGUUGAUUACAGCCCAACUUGACUCUAUCUAUCGUCCAUGUUCACCAGAAUUUUCUCAACUACCCUCCGUGACCCAACACUCAUUUGAACCAGACCGAGAACAAGUGUCAUCCGCGGUUCCAAAGGCUGCUGGUGUUGACCUACAGUCAGCUCCCAGUUCCCUUCUCAUCUCCAGAGUAGGAUCCUACCCGUUAUCUCAACUUCUGUCUGGUCAGUCAACUCCACCACCACCAGCGGCUGCCGGCGAGUCCUACGAUUGUAUGCAUCCACUGCAAAGCACUUCCAGUAGAACUUCGUUUUCAGAUGUGGACGCCCCUACUCUGAAGCUGCACGUCGACCAGAGGUGUGCUCUGAGCUUUAUAGGGAUCAUAAUUUUACCGUCCUUCUUUUAUAAAGAUGAUAAAUUCACUCCUACCCCAGGACAGCAAGCAUUUCUGUUUGGUGGCGGCCUGUACAUGUAUUUUGUAGUUUAUGGUCUAUUCGAAGGUUCUCCAGCUGGUUUUCGCCAGAUUUUCGUUUACUACAUGUAA